ACGUUAAGGUAAGCAUAGUCGAUGAUCCUGAUUUGGUUGAUACUAAGAUGGAUGAGGAUCUUCAUUACUAUCUCAAAAAAAAUAAAAUAAAAAAGAUCUUCAUUACAAACUUCAGAAAGGCGUUUCUCAAAAAAAAAAAAAAAAACUUCAGAAAGGCAAAUUGUUGGACUCGACAUUAAGUUUGUCAAAACUGAUGGGAAUUUAAAUGAAGGUAAGUUUUUGCUUCUUUGUGUUGGGAGUCAUUGCUUGAUGAUCAAAUUACCCGACUCGGAGUCCAUAUCUGAUACCCUUGGGCAGUUUCUGUCUGAUGAGACUAUUUGUUUUCUGGGUACCGGAAUGAGCAACAAAGUUUCAGAGCUAGGCAACUUUUAUUUUUGUACACACGGAACAAUGUUUGGCAAAUUUAGAUUAAGAGUACAACAAAGGCUGUCUGUAAAUACAGGUGUUGAAGUAGGCUUUUUGGCUGCUAAAAUCCUGAAGAAACCCAAUGUUGAGAAUUAUGGAUUAGCAGAGUUGGCAGGUGAAGUUGGAAUGGAUAUAAAGGAACCAAUUGGUGAAUGUCCUGACUGGAAUGCUAAGGUGUUCUCACAUGAAGAUGUCAAGUAUGCACUGCACAAUGCCUAUACUUCUUAUGUUAUUGGGAAUAAGGUCUUGGAUAUGCUCUAAGCCUCUAAGGCCAUCCUGUCUAUGGGUUUAACUGCUUUAAUUCUGUCUUGUUAGUGUCCACAUUAGAGCUAUAUGUGCUAAUGUUACAUGUGAUUUGUGUAAUUCGAACUACUUUAAUGAAAUUUCUGGUUGUGUUUGGUUUGUCCUAAA